AUGGACAAGGAACAGGGCUUCAAGAAGUACAGGAAGUACGAUGAGUCGAUGGGCCCAUUUCCCGAUACCUUCGACUUCGCCAACCAGUUGAAGCUAACAGAGGAACAAGUCAACCAGUCCUAUGAGCACCAGCUGCCCUUCCACAUGAAGGUGGACGGCAAUGCAAAGCCAGCAUAUUCAUCGAAGUGGGAGCGUGCCGUGGCCUACCAUCAUGGACUCUAUGUGCCUGAGAAGUACACGACGACAAAAACAGCUGACGACAUUCGACUGGCCGUCGCUGAUUAUUCUGAUAAGGUGCACAAGGAUUCUCCCAAAGAUGCUUGCAAGUACUUGCAGAUCGAGGAAUUCCGCUGCCUGAAUGUCUAUCAGUAUGAAACCCAGCCAGAGGUGGCAGCAAAGAAGUGCAUGAAGUGGUGGGACGAGCUUCAGAAGUGCCAGUGGGACCAAGCCAAGUUCAAUGCUGGAACAACUUACAUUGAGGGGCCUCAGAUGCGCCGCCGGCGUGCCUACAUUUUCUACCCGGACUUCAAGUAUGCGUGA